AUUAUAUUCCCUCAAUUAUUGUUUCACUCUUCUUCAUUGCUUGGGAGUACUCAAAAGGUCUUCUCUUAACUUCCUAUAAAAACACUUGCUUUCUUUUUUCUUCUUAUCAAGAAUCUUGGAUUCCUUUUUACUUAUUUUUCUAGUCGACUUAAACGACGUUUCUAAAUAUCGUAAAACAAGUACAAUAUGGGGGAAGUUACCAAUGUGAUGGAGUUUGAAGCAAUUGCAAAGCAAAAGUUGCCAAAAAUGGUGUAUGACUACUAUGCAUCUGGAGCAGAGGAUCAAUGGACUUUGGCUGAGAACAGAAAUGCCUUUUCAAGAAUUUUGUUUAGGCCUCGUAUUCUUAUUGAUGUAAGCAAGAUUGACUUAAGCACAAGCGUGCUCGGUUUCAAUAUCUCAAUGCCUAUCAUGAUUGCACCAACAGCUAUGCAGAAAAUGGCUCAUCCUGAUGGUGAGUAUGCUAUAGCAAGAGCAGCAUCGGCAGCAGGAACAAUUAUGACACUGUCGUCUUGGGGAACUUCAAGUGUCGAGGAGGUUAAUUCAACGGGACCUGGCACCCGUUUUUUCCAGCUCUAUGUCUAUAAGGACAGAAAUGUAACAAUUCAGUUGGUGCGAAGAGCUGAAAGAGCAGGUUUUAAGGCUAUAGCUCUUACAGUUGAUACCCCGAGAUUGGGACGCAGAGAAGCUGAUAUUAAGAACAGAUUUAAUUUGCCACCACAUUUGUCACUGAAGAACUUUGAAGGACUGGACAUUGGCAAGCUGAACAAAGCUGAGGACUCUGGAUUGGCUUCAUAUGUCGCUGGUCAAGUUGAUCGAUCAUUGAGUUGGAAGGAUGUUCAAUGGCUACAGUCAAUUACUUCACUGCCAAUCCUGGUAAAGGGUGUACUUACAGCUGAAGAUGCUAAGAUUGCAGUUCAGUCUGGAGCAGCUGGUAUCAUUGUGUCGAACCACGGUGCUCGACAACUUGACUAUGUCCCUGCCACAAUUAUGGCUCUUGAAGAGGUUGUGAAAGCUGUACAAGGCCGUAUCCCCGUGUUCCUGGAUGGAGGCGUUCGUCGUGGAACAGAUGUCUUUAAAGCGCUGGCGCUUGGUGCAUCAGGCGUGUUUAUUGGGCGACCAAUCAUUUGGUCAUUGGCUGCUGAUGGAGAAGCUGGUGUCAAGAAAGCACUGCAGAUGAUACGCGAUGAGUUUGAGCUAACGAUGGCAUUGAGUGGCUGUCGUUCACUGAAGGAGAUUACGCGUAACCAUGUCAUGACUGAUUGGGAGACUCCACGGGCUUCUCUUCCCGUGCCACGGUUAUAAACAUCAGAGAAGACCUUUGGUGUUAAAUUGUUUCACCAAGGCAAAAUGUUCAGUUUCCAUUCAUGUUCCGAGUGCCCCUUGUGAUCUAGCCCUUCUCCAGACUCUGCGCGUAGUGAAAGCUUAGUGCAUCGAGUUUACCUUUUGAAUAACUUAUCUUUCAUUGGAACAUUUAUUUUUGUGUGAUGAGUUUGCAUUAUGUAUAUUUCUGAUAAAUGGCUAGUGAUGCCUCCAUUGGGUAUUCUCUAAUCAUUAUUUUCGUAAUAAGAAUGUCUGUUUUUGUGGGAUAUAUUGAUUAGAGUUUGAGUAAUAUAUAUUAUCGAUCGGUGUAAGUAA